UUUUUCAGAACAUAAUAAGUGGAAUCAUUUUCCAGUAAACUGCUGUAUUGGAACAAAUUGAGAUUAUUUCGUAAUUCUUUCCUUCCUCAUUUGUUAUGACGGUGAAGUCCAAAUCUCAGAGGAAAAAGAGCGAGUAGGAAGAGCGAUCUUUGUUCUUAUCACUUCAGAAACCUGUUGUGCAACAGCCUCCACACAGGAUGCGCAAUCUUUACUUUGUUCUCGUCUCCGUUCUGACUGGCGUGGCCUCAGAAAUCUUGACGGAGGUCGGCGGCCUCACUGGACAUAACGUCACCUUACCCUGUGUGUAUGACGUGGACUCUCAUGGCGUGCUGGAUUUCUGCUGGGGACGAGGAAAAGUGCCCCGGUUCAAAUGUUCAGACACGUUCUUGUCCUCCGAGGACCAGUCUGUCCUGAACGAAGACCCGUCCAGGUACCAGGUGCUGGGCAGCCCGACAGAUGGAGACGUUUCACUGACUAUCGUUGAUGCUCAGUGGAGUGAUGAAGGAGUGUACGGCUGCAGGAUCCAGAUCCCCGGCUGGUUCAACGAUAUCAAAGUCAACAUACGUCUAGUCCUGAAGCAAGCUCCUGUGGAGGAAAUUACUACACAGAAGUGGAUAUCUGUCACAGCUGGGGAUUAUCAGCGCCACCUAGAAAAGUCGACCUCAGCACUGACGUCCACAGGUGCUGAUCAAAGAACACUGAGCGCAGUUGAAUUUGUGGUGACACAGAACAAAUUCAACGCCUUCCUGGAUGUGGGGAACGUUGUCAGGAUGGGUGCUAUUUUCUUCUCCACCAUCAUCAUAAUCCUUGUUUUUAUUUCCCAGCGGAGGUUUCAGCCUGGUGUCAGACUCCAGCCUGUCAACACUUCAGCUGCCGAGAACAUUUAUGAAAGUAUCCCAGCAGCAUCACAGCGAUGGUGACUGUUACAUCCGCAAAGGACUUUACAGUUUUGUGUGUGUAUGUGUAUGGGCGCGCGCGUGUAUUAUAUUAUACUCGAGUAUUAAUUCAGCUCACUGUGAGCCCGCACUUGUGCGUGAUGGACUUCGCCGCUGGUUAAAACUUGAAGAAACAUUGCCACCUUCUGGUCUCAUACACACAGGGAAAAUAUAAAAUAUGAUAUUUGUUAGGUCAAUAUUAAAAAUGUAAUAUUUUCUAAUGUGAAUUAAUAGAUAGAGGAGCGCAAUUAUUGAUGAAGAUCUCCAUUCAUUGGGUUAGUAUGAAUGCGUCACUGAAUCAAUUCAAAUCUUGUAUCUUUCACAAUUUAUUUGGUUUUUAAAAAAAAUUUUUUUGUUGUUUUUUUUCACUCGGGAAAAAAACUGUAAAUAUACAAAAUUAAUUAAUUAAUUAAUUUAAAAAAAUCUUUUAAAAAAGUCAGGUUUGUUCAACUCAAAUGAGCUGAGGGCGACUACCGUCCACCAUCUUCCUAAUGAGUCAGAAGUGAUAUUUUUCCUUAACAUUCUUGACAUUUGUUUUGGUUAAAUGUAAUCCUAAUACUUCAAGACAUAAAAACAAAGUCAGACACACUGAAUAUUCUAACACAUAAUGUUAUUGUUCUAACCAGUACCUGUACAACAAAUUACCAUCAUUACCUAAAUUUCUGGUUAAGGUCAUGCUAAGAAUGAACUUAAAAAAUAAAUAAAAAUCAAAAUUCCAUGAGAAUUAUCUCAAAAUGU